GUCUUCCAUUCUUAGUUUCGCUUUGAACACGGAACACAUAAGUGCGUGGGACGUGUACCUCCUAGCUUUGGGGGGGUUCUUGUGUACAGUUCGUUAAGAUACGUGGAUUAUACGUAGUGAUAAUUGCAAAGAGGGUUUAAUCUGCGCGCAGGGAAAAGGAACAGACAAGGAACCAUAUAAAAUCAGAGUGGAAACAAUGUUUUUUUUAGGCGUGUGGCAAAGCAGGCGAGACGGCGCACGGGGUCUUGAUCUGCCUUGGUUCUCUUGCCUCCUGUUGCUGAUGCUGCUUGCCCUUGCUCAGAGGACCUCCGCGGGGGUCGUGCGGAGCUCCGAGUCGUCGUCGUCUGAGGACAUCUCCUUCGACGAAUUCCUGAGGGAUUUUGAAUCCAGGAAGAGCAGCAACGAGUUCCCCAGCCUGAACAACUACGACGACAUCUUCAACAACAACAACUCUGUCGGGUUGGUCUUCAGGAACUCGGACUUCAACUACCCCAACAUUCCCGCCGCGCCGAAGUUCGAGUGGAAGGACCUCCCCACCCCGCCUACGAUCGACUGGAGUUCCUACGAGACCAGCAACGUGAACACCUCCGCCUACAGUUACAGCGGCGGCCGCAUCUUGUUCAUUCCCAUCGGGGCCAUCCUCUUCCUGAUCAGCCUGUGUCUCCGCAUGUGCAUCUGCAGCGCAAAGAAGCCCGUGGCCACCACGAUAACUGUCGUCAGGAGAACCGUCGUCAUCCCCGUGGAGGGGCGUCCGGACGUCGAGGAGGGCGCGGACCAGCCCCCUUCGUACGCGGACGUGCAGAAGGAAGACUCUCCUCCUCCCUACUCCGAAGUGUGUGUCCCUGCUUCAGACACUGCGCAGGAGGCCACAGAGCAACCCACGCCCUCAAGCGCAAAGGAGGGCGCCCAGCAGGCCUCGACCGCUGCGCUCCCGAAGAGACGUCGACGACUAACGUGUUCUCUGGGCGCCCCAGGUUCCUUCAGUCACAGUACUCGUACAAGCCCCUCGAGUAGAGCACGACCUCCAGUCACGUCUGACCACCAUGCCAAUAUCUAAAACGGGGCGUGGCUGCUUGUUCGUGACGUCACUUGGGUGUUGUUUGGCCCCAAGAGAGCUGUACACGUUUGGAUGGUAGCAGAUGAGCGAGGAAAAGAGUCUUGUUCGUGUUAUCCUUGUAAGAAGGGACGGAUAGAGAGGAAGAGAGGGCGCAGAUGUUUAGAAAAAAGGAGAAGUGCAAAGUGUGAAGCAGAAAGAGAGAGAAAGAAAACGGGAAGAGGCUAGACUUGCCGUAGGUGGAAUCUGCCUACCGCGUCUGGCCCUUGAGUUGGCAACACUGUCGUGCGCUCGUCUGCAGGAACGAACUGAACAGAAAUUCAAGACCUAAUUGCAAUCAAAACCACUUGGAAAAAAAUCUAAAUUGUUCUUUUCUUUCGGAAUACUUAAAUUUCUUAAGAUGGUUUAAAUAGAGAAAAAAAAAGUGGAGAAAAAGAAUCACGUGAGGUAAUCUGCCUGCCUUGCCUUGCCUGCGAGAGGGAGGGAGAGGGAGAGGGAGAGGGAGAGGUAUCUUCCGACACUUGCAAGAAUGUCGCUGCAAGAACCGCGCCAAAUUCCUUGCAACUGUCUGCGCUGAGUGGCUGGUUGACCCCCCUCCCCCCCCCUCCCCCGUUUGCCUCUUUUGUAAAACUUGUUGGUGAUCUUGAAGUACUUAGACCCGGUGCUAAACACGAUUAAAAAAAAAAAGGGGUUGGAUUUUGACGUCGUGUGAAGGGACGAGUGAGAGUGAGUGAGUAAUCAAACCCGCUGAUGCAGUGUAGUUUGUUGCAAAUUCUUACAUUGUUUUUUCUUUUCUUUUUUUCUUUUUUUUUAUCAACACGGUCGGUUUUUUUCUGAUCGUUUCUUUGUGAUGUGUAAUUGGUGUAGAUUUUUUUUUUUUUAAUUCUAGGUUUCUUUUCGCAACGAAAGGAUGUCUAUUGACUAUUUUUUUUUCUUUCAAAUCGGGAAUGGCUGCAUUGUAGCAGACCAGGUACUCUUUAUAUGUACAUUCUCUUUGUGUUCGUUGUGUAUGUAUAACGAAAGGUAGCGUUUAGGUAAUCUUAACAAAUCUGGUUCAAGAAAGCAUAAUAGAAAACCUUGUACCUUUUACUUCAGAGUAUUUGUAUUUCUUUCUUGUUGUUUUUCACUUCUUUUCAUCAAUAUCACCACAUUUUCUUUAUUGUACGUUCCCUUUUUCUACUCCAUACCAUUUCCAUAUUUUCUGUCAUUCACAAAAAAAAAAACCUUUUCUGUCGUGUGUUCAUUCGUUUAACGAUUGUGAUAAUUGGUCGUAAGGAUAGUAAAUGAACAAUUGCCAGAUUUGUAUUUUUUUCUACUUAAGGCAGUUGAGAGAAACCCUGAUAAUUAAGGGUAAGAUGCAAAAAAAAAAAUCUGUUCCGUUGUAUGGAACAAAGAAUGAGGUUGUUGUAAAACGAGAAAAUAUUAAUUAUUUUUUUGUAAUGAAUAGUUGUUUAUAUAUUGUUUUUGUAUUUGGGGCAUUUCCUAACAUGGGGAAUUUGUUGUCAUACGGAAUAUAAGGUUCGGUUCGUGUAGAUAGUGGAAAGAACCUUCUCUAAUCGAUAUGCAUGUGCUAUCAUUUUUUUUUUAUCUUCAAAGAAUCAAAAUUUAUAAUAAUCAUGGUUAUGAGAUGAUUUUAUGACAGCGCAAGACCGCCUGACUGAUAUGUAGGUUAUCUGAGAUGGUCAUUUAGGUUAUCUGAGAUGGUCGUUCAUUUCUUUUCAUCUAAAUUGCUUCAUUGUUCAUCCGAUCAUCAUUUCGAGCUCUGUGUCUAAAUCCUGUGUAGUAAGGUCACUGUGAUUCGCGUCUACGCUGUGAGACUUUAUACUGCUGUAAUAACGCCUAUUAGUGUUAAUAGGAGUUGCUUCCCAAGUUUUGUUUCCUUCUGCCAAAAAAAGAAGAAGAAAAAAAGUGGAAAAUCCCACUGAAUAGAUCCUAAUGUAUUUUGUUAUGUAGUAUGUUGUAUGUGAAAAAAUAUGUGGAAUAGGAAUAUAAUUUUUAAAAAAGUGAAAAAAAUGCUAAGUGACCUUUGAAAGUACAGAAGUGUCUGUGCCUUUUUUUAAGCAGUGAAAUGAAUUGAUUUUGAUUCUACAAUUGUAUUUAAAACAAUGUGUAAUCAAAGAAGUGGAAAUGAUUUGGAGACUUAAUUCAGGAUAUGGAGAUGAUGAAUCCCCAGCCAUGAUAUAAAAUAUAUUUACUUUUUUGAGUUUGUUUAAUAAAUUCUCUUGAUAAA